UUGAGUCCCUCCUGUUCUCAUGCAGGGUUCUCCAUGUGCUCAGUCUGCUGCUCCUCUUCCUCCUGCGAGCGGCGGGCGGCGGCCGGGGAGGCUCCGCGGCAGGAACCACGGUUCGACUCCAGGCCGGAGCGCCGGGCUCCCUGCAGACAGAAUGCUCAGCUUCAGGCGGGUCUACAUCUUCGGCUACAACCUGUUCCAGUUCUGCGGCCACACCUGGAUCCUGGCCAACACCGUGGCCCGGUUCUUCAUGUUCGGUCGAGAUGCCCUGGCGGACACCUUCUACUCGGUGGGCUUCGUGAUGAGCCUGUGCCAGCUGCUGUCCGUCCUGGAACUGUUCCACAUCGCCGACGGCAUCGAGAAGGCUCGGCUGCUGCCCCGCCUCGUCCAGGUUCUGGAGAAGAACCUCCUGCUCAUCAUGGUCAUCAUGCUGGAGGGGAUCCAGGCUGAGGCGGUGGUCUGGGUCCAGUUGUUCCUGUGGAACGUUCUGGACCUGCUCAGGUACCCCCACGAGCUGCUGCGCCUGACGGAGACGCCGUCCACCGCCAUGCUGUGGAGCCGCUACACCCUCCAGAUCCCGCUCUACGUCCUGUCGGCGGCCAGCGAAGGCUUCCUGAUCUACCGAGCUCUGCUCCUGCUGGACGCAGCAGACACACACUCCGACGUCUCCCUGCUGCUCACCUCAUACCUGCCCGUCGUCACGCUGGGGAGUGUGUGUGUGUGGCAGCUGCUGGAGGAGAGGCGGCAGCAGCUGGAGAGGUGGAGGCAGAAGAUGAUGAAGAAGAGGAAGUGAGGAUGAGGAGAGACCAGGCCGACGUCACACAGCUCCCUUUAAUGGCACCGUGUU